CCGACUCCAGCCCCAGUGCAGCAGCAGCCGCCGCGCACGGGGAGAGCAGCAGCGCCACGGACCGGGAAGUUCCGGACGCUUGCUCCUACUUUUUCUUUCCCUAUUAAAGAAAAAAGUAAAGACCGUUCGGCCGAAUGGCAGUACAUGGUACCUAAAGAGCGAUAUUCCUCAGGCCACCUGCGUCCUACGCUUGUGGUGCGCUCCUCCAUGUUGCCUCUUUCCCCCCCUCAGCCCGGUGGCUGUAGGGUGGCGGUCGGACGGCGUGUUCACAUGGCCUCUGGUUCACCUGCUUCUAAGAAGCGGCGUCCCUUGGAGCCUCGUGGACGGAUCAGAGACUCGUUGCACGAGCCCGUGGAUACGGCCGCUUGUACCGGUCUCCUGGUUCCCCACAUUAUAGGUGAGGAGACUGGUCCGCGCGCUGUGGCUACAGCCUGCGGACAGCGCAUGCGCACAGGUGCUGCGGCCGGACGGCUCGCUCCCUGUUGAGCGGGCACGAGCGCGACGUCUAGACAGCUCGUUGUUUUUACAGCGGCUAGUUCUGUUACGUCUCCUACGCUCGCUGAGCCUCCUCCCUUUCAUGGGAAGCCCCCCUUGGUUCACACGCAGUGUGGAGGCGGUAGGGGCAGAGGAAUACGGGUUAUUCCUGGACGGUCUUCCUCAGCGGUCGGCUCGCCCUCUCUCCGACCGCUAUGCGUGUUGGCAAGAGCGGUGCGUUCUGCCAUCGUGGUUGGACACCACGUUGAGAUGGGGCCAUCCCAUACAGUUCAAGCGUCGUCCCCUACCCUUUAUGGGGUUGGUGGAGACCACGCUACGGGACCCGGCUGCGAGCACGGCUCUAGCAGCAGAGGUGGCACGUCUCUUGGUAAAGGGGGCCAUCACUGUCGUUCCCCCCUACGAGUCUCACCUAGGGUUUUAUUCCCGCUACUUCCUGGUUUCCAAGAAGUCAGGGGAAAAGAGACCUAUUCUGGAUCUUCGCGUGUUCAACAGAUUCGUUUCCACGAGGAAGUUCAGAAUGCUCACUGUCGGGGCGUUGUUCCGGUGUGUGAGAGAGGGCGAUUGGUUCACAUCCCUGGAUCUCAAGGAUGCUUACUUCCACGUCCCUGUUCGGCAGGCGCACAGGAAGUUUCUCCGCUUUGUCUUUAUGGGGAUGGCGUACGAGUACCAGUGUCUGCCGUUCGGCAAUUCCCUGGCUCCGCGCACCUUCUCGAAGUGUGUGGAGACGGCGUUGGAACCGCUCAGGCGUCAGGGAAAGAGGAUUCUCUUCUACCUAGACGACCUGCUUAUUCUGAGCAACUCAGAAGAGACCGCGAGAAGGGACACCAUGUUGGUGAUAAACCAUCUCUCCUUCCUGGGUUUUGCCAUCAACUGGGAGAAGAGCUCAACGCUCCCCAGCCGGCAGACAGUCUACUUGGGGCUUUGCCUAGACUCAGCCACCAUGACUGUGAUGCUUUCACCUCCUCGGCGAGACGCCAUCCUGUCGGCGCUCUCCCGUUUUCACGUUCGCAGAAACGUGACCGCACUGUCCACCAUGCGCCUGUUAGGGCUGAUGGCAGCUGCCCACCCCGUGGUCCCCCUGGGUCUACUUUUUACAACUCCAGCGGUGGUUUGCUCGCCAACGGUUGGACCCCAGGCGACACAAGCUCAGGGUGCUCCUCGGUCCCCGUUCGGUGUCGCCAGACCUGGAAUAUUGGAAAGGACCCUCCGCCCUUCUCAGGGGUGUUCCCCUGGGCAGGGUGGCGUCCUAUGUAGUGGUCUUCACGGACACCUCGUUGACGGGUUGGGGAGGAACGUGCCUCUCUCACUCGGUCGGAGACGAGUGGCGCACGCCCCCUACAGCACACAUAAAUGUGGUGGAGCUUGA